AUGCACCAGAAGCCGUUUCGGAAGGUGCGCCACCAGGCCUACGUCGGCAGGGAGCGGGCCAUCAACCAGCUGACAGAGCAGUUCCGCGCCCCCCCCGGCAUGACUACCAUCGUCGGCGUGGGCAACUGGUCGGCCCAGGACCGGGGGGGCAUCAUGCGGGGGACUCCGCCUGGGCCCUGGAUACGCUUCUUGCGGCGCCUGCGGCGGGUGUGCAGGGUGGUGGUGAUGGACGAACACAGGUCAUCAAAGCUGUGUUGCGCCUGUCACGCCACCCUGCACGCCCACCAGUACGUGCGGGUCCGCAACGGCGUGGAGAAGCUGGUGGACGUGUGGGACACCAAGCGGUGCACGAACAGAGGCUGCAAAGUCCAUGUUGUCAACCGCGACGUGAACGGAGCGGCCAACAUGCUCAUGCUGACCAAGUGCUUUUUUGCGAAUGCACUUCGUCCCACAGCUUUUGGUAUCCUGCUGCACUACGGCGACGAGUCAACCCAUCGCUACAGUUCCAGCCGUCUGUUCGUCCAGUGUGCUGCCUCAUGUUGUGCCGAGAAGCCCCUGGCCCCCAACUCCAGGGGUGGGAGCAUCUUCACGCCCAACGGCUUUGAGUCGCAUUGCGGCCUGGCACAUCGAAAGAAGUGGCGGACCACGCUGCGCGUGUUUGAGCCCGGGAAGGCACUCCAGAGCCUGGGGGGCGGCAGCGACGGCACCCCUCCCGCAGCGCUCCGGGCGCUGCGGGAGCUGAAUCACGGCUGCCCGGGGCAGGGCCCGACGGAGGUGGAAGACGGGGACGCCGGCCUGCUGGAGGCCAUGGAGCAGCCGGGGCGCGGGUCCCUGGACUGCAGCCCCCUGUGUCAUCAGCAGGCGGGGGCAGACCCCCAGGCCGAGGCGGACGCGUGGACGCUGAUCGCUGCGCAGGGCCUGAUGCCUCGUGACGACGGCGGGCGCCUUGUGGGCCAGGAGGCCGGCCCCCAAGGCCGGAUGGCGGACGCACACGACGACGGGGCGGGGGGCACCGAGGUCUUCGGCGCCGUGCAGGGGCUGCUGCUGCAGCUGCUGGCAUCCACCGGCCUGGACGUGGCGCCGCCGCCCGGCUCUGCCAUCCCACCCCCGGCCGCGCCGCAGCAGAGCGCGUCUUCGGCCUCGGCGGCGGCCGUGGCGUCGCCGCCCCGUGCGGUGCAGCCCUCGGCGGGCCCCUGCCCGCUCCGGCCACCCAGCAGCGGCUGGUGCCUGGACGGCCUGGCCCUGCGCUUGAGCGUCAUGGAGCGCGGGUACCAACAGCUGCAGAGGGUGGUGCAGGUGCUCCUCAAGGCGGACCUGGAGCUGAGCGCCGAGGUCCACGCCCUGCGCAGCGCCUGCGCGGGGUGCUGCCACACGAUGGCCCACCCCGGCCGCCCCAUGCCCAGGAGGUCCCUCAAGAGAUAUCGUGACGAGGGCGGGUUCCUGGGCGCGGUGCAUGGCGCUUAG